AUGGUGUUACUCCCUGCCCUGGCAACUGCCGCAGGUGCCACCGUCGCCGCUCGUUGGCUGGACAAGAGGUAUGCCAUCUCCACGGACCUGGAGCAAAUACGUGGCAUGCGUCAGAUGCGAGACUUCUACAUGAAGCUAGCUAGCGAACAUGGAGAUGAUGAUUGGUCGUUCUACCACGUGCUCCAUUCUACUUAUGGUACAAACGAUCUGAAAGAGGCGUUCGUCUUUGAAGACCGAAGCUGGACGUAUGGGGAACUGCGUGGGGAAAUCGGCCGGUUGGCGGAGACGUUCAGGAGUAUAGGGAUCGGGAACCGGACGGUGGUGGGAAUGUAUGUCAACAAUAGCGUCGAGUUCAUCGUCUCGUGGUUCGCGUUGUACAAACUCGGGGCUAUACCUGCUCCGGUCAAUACCGCCGUCACUCGGGACCCGUUCCGCCACUGCCUCACGAUUAGCGCUGCCGAAUAUUUCAUUACCACAUAUGAGCUGUGGGAUGCUGCGGCUCGAUCAUUGGGCCUUGCCGAUGAAGCCGACGUCGGUCGACUUCCCGGACUGAAGUCGGUCAUCAUAUACGAUUACGACAGCUAUCCCAAGUCGACCACGGUGCCUCUCAUCAACGCAGAUGCUGUCUUAGCUCAGAGCACUUUGCCGCCCUUUGUCCCUUCAAUGGCAGACUUUCCAAAACAAGACAGGCCCAAGAUCGGGCAGGGGGAUGCGUCCUGCUACCUAUUCACCUCGGGGACAACUGGCAUGCCCAAGGCAGCAGUUUGGCCGGCGGCCUAUAGCCUUAUGACGUUGGCUAACAAGCGUUGGCCGUAUAUGCAUGACGAGCCUCGCAGGUUCUAUAUCUGUAUGCCUAUGUUUCACGGGAGCGCGGCGUUUGCAUGUCUUCCCGGGACUUUUGCCAAUUCUGGCACCGUUAUCCUUGCGAGACGCUUCUCAGUGAGUAGGUUCUGGCACGACUGCCGCCACUACAACGCCAAUUCGGUUUUGUAUAUCGGUGAAAUGAUCCGAUAUCUUGUGCAAGCCCCGCCAGACCCCCAUUUCCCCGACCCUAAGACUAUGCACAAUGUCAAAAUUUGUUAUGGCCUCGGACUCUCGCCUCAUGCCUGGAAGACUUUACGCGAGAAAUUCGGGAUCCCUUGGAUCAUUGAAUACUAUAGUGCUUCGGAAGCACCCACAUCGAUAUUGAAUUCGAACAAGUCGAAUGACGAGGGCGUAGGCUACGUAGCCAGAUGGGGCCCGCUGAUGCGCAGUAAAUGGUUUGGGCAAGACGGGUUGUAUAUCCUGAAGACCGAUCCUGAGAUGACCGAGCCCAUACGAAACAAGGCAGGCUUCUGCGUCCAAGCCGAUCUCGGCGAAAAAGGCGAAGCCAUUGCUCGAAUUGAGUCGCCUUUGAGACGGAGCCAUGAUUAUGUCGGAGAAAGCGGUGAAGAAGCCACAAGGAAGAAAAUGCUUCAUGAUGUCUUCAAAAAGGGAGACCUCUUCGUCCGGCUCGGGGACUCGCUUUCAAUCAACAAGCGUGGUUGGGUCAAGUUCCAUGACCGGUUAGGUGACACCUUCCGCGCGAAAGGCCACAAUAUCUCCACGACGGAGGUGGAGAUUGCAUUCACCAAGCAUCCCAGGGUUCUGGGUGCGAACGUCUACGCCAUUCCCAUGAACGAGUUCGGGUAUGAAGGGCAACUAGGCUGUGCGGCGAUCAGCCUCAAAUCCUCAGGUGCAGACCCAACUGGUACCGACGAGGCAACUCUGCUCGCCGAACUGGAGCAGUGGCUGGUUGAAAAGGGAGGGCUGCCGACGUACGGAGUACCUCGUUUCGUCCGAGUGAUCGUCGACGAGGGCGAAGCCACCACCCACGAUGAAGGACGGCGCAAAGGGGAUAUCCCCGGGGCAGAGAGAGUUUCGAUUAUUAUGAAAAAGCUGAAGACCGGACUUAGACGAGAAGGUUUCAAUAUGCCACCAAGAUGCAACGAUCGGAUGUAUUUCAUCGAUCGGGAGGGGAAUGGGUUCAAACCAUUGACCGAGGAGAUGAAGCAGUUACUCCUGAGCGGCAAGGCGAAGCUGUAG